GUUCAAACAGGCUCCAAGCACCUGCCAUGGGUUGAGGCUGCAGCAGCUAUGCCCAGUCCCCAUUCCCAGAUAUCCUGGCCCUAGGCCCGCUAUCUGAAUGUACCCUUUCUCAACCUGCGUCAUCAGCCUUGGAGGCAGGGGACUAGAGCCUGCUGUCUGCAGGAGAGCAGUGAGGAGACUGCAAGAAUAAGUGGCCCUCAAACUCUUCCCUCUUUUCUUACAUUUCGCAGAGUUCCUGUCAAACCAGGACAUUCUGUAGCCGGUCAGCUGCUCUAGGAGCUUCUCAAUGCGGUUUCGUAGCCCUCCAGAGGGAUGUCCCAGUCAGACCACCUCACUAUCCUGCUGGUGUUGGCAUUAUGCUUCCAGGGAGCUCCAGCCCAGAUUAUGGACUACCUCUUUGAGAGCUGGAAGGCUUAUAGCGAAGAGUGUCACCACAACAUGAGCCUCCUGCCGCCACCUACUGAACUUGUCUGCAACCGAACAUUUGACAAAUACUCGUGUUGGCCUGAUGCACAACCCAACACCACUGUCAAUGUUUCCUGUCCCUGGUUCCUGCCCUGGUAUGACCAAGUGAAGCAUGGCUAUGUAUUUAAGAAGUGUGGCCCAGAUGGGCAAUGGGUGACUACCUCUGAAGGGAAGUCAAUGCGUGAUGCCCAUCAGUGUGUGAUGGACAACAAGACUAUCUCAGACCAGGAGAGGUUUGCAAAGAUCUAUGGUAGCUUCAAGGUGAUGUACACAGUUGGCUACUCAGUGUCUCUCUGCGCCCUCCUUCUUGCCUUGGCUGUGCUGCUAGGCUUCAGCAAGCUGCACUGCAUGCGCAACUACAUCCACAUGAACCUCUUCGCCUCCUUCAUCCUGAAGGGCAUCUCGGUGCUUAUCAUCGACAUGCUGCUCAACACCCGCUACAGUGAGAAGAUCGACGAUUACAACGUGGGCCUUUGGCUGAGUCAUGAGGCGGCGGCAGGCUGCCGAGCAGCCACUGUGUUUAUGCAGUACGGCAUCGUGGCCAACUACUGCUGGCUGCUAGUGGAAGGGAUCUACCUGCACAACUUGCUCGUGCUGACUGUUUUCUCCGAGCGCAGCUACUUCACUCUCUACCUUUUCAUCGGCUGGGGAGCUCCAAUUCUCUUCAUUGUACCAUGGGUGGUGGUGAAAUUUCUUUAUGAAAAUAUUCAAUGCUGGAGUACUAACAAUAACAUGGGUUUCUGGUGGAUCCUGCGUUUCCCUGUCUUUCUGGCCAUCUUUAUCAAUUUCUUCAUUUUUAUCCGUAUCAUUCAGAUAUUGGUCUCCAAACUCCGUGCCCACCAGAUGCGCUACACAGACUACAAAUUCCGGCUGGCCAAGUCCACACUGACACUUAUUCCAUUGUUGGGUAUCCAUGAGGUGGUUUUUGCCUUUGUCACUGAUGAACAUGCCCAGGGUACACUGCGAUACGUCAAGCUCUUCUUUGACCUCUUCCUCAGCUCCUUCCAGGGCAUGUUGGUGGCCAUACUUUACUGCUUUGUGAACAAAGAGGUACAAUCAGAGCUCACAAAGAAAUGGACACGCUGGAAGCUUGGCUGGGACAUAGAAGAGGAGUACAAACACACAUACAGCCACACACCCAAUGUCCGCAACGGAGGUGCCAGCACCUUUGAGAAGCACAAACUGGUUGGCAACUACCUCAAUGGGCUAGGGCGAAGCCAGGCCACUGUCCAUACUAGCACUCAGUAUCUGGAGAGGACAGGCUGCAGUGCCAGUGAAAACUUGGCUGCAGGUGGAAACUGGCAUCCCCAGAGCUAUGACUCCCCCGACACUGUGGAGAGCAACUUCUAAAGCAGGUCUUCCCAGAGGACAGCCACACUGGAGGCCAAGCAUGGCAGAUGUCUCUUCCAGGAACCUGAACUUAAAGACAUAGAGGAAGGAUAUGUGACUGGAAACGGUAUCAUCUUCCAAUUUUCCUGGAGAUGUUGAUGGAAUAGUGCGAGUUCUUUUCUGUUGGAGAGAUUUGUGUUUGACCCAAUGAGACUUACUGCCUUGCCUGUAUGCAAGGCACAGUACCCCAUUGCUGUGCUGCAUUAGGCAGAACAAGGCAGGAGUAACACAGUCACAGAAUACACUAAGGGAAGUGAUAAUGCCAAACUGAUUUUGCAUUGGACAAAAUUCUGUACUUUGGUAUGCUUUGAAAAGUUGCACAGUUUAGAGGCUGUGCCAUGAUCAGUAUUGAUCACAUCUUUGGGAAUCUCAGAGUCCCUUUUAAAACAAAAUGUUAGCCCUUAUAUUUACAGAGAACAAGUUAAGAAUGUGUCAGCACUAUCUGCUACAAGUUUUUUUUAAGUGUGGACAUUGUGCAGUUGCUUCUAUUAGUCAUGGAGCAAGAUGUAUUCAGCUAUUCACUAAGUUUCACUUAUUUUAACCCUCUCUUCCAGAUAAAUAAAUCUUAGUAUAAAGUUCUGCCAAAAAAAGGUCCUCAAAAGAAUUUUGCAGCAAAACUUCCAAAUAAAUAAUUGUCCAAUAUGAUUAUGACUAAAAUCCUGCAAAAAUUAGGUGGAGCAAAAUAUUCUGUCUGCACAGUUCUGUAUCCUCUAGCCCACUGCUUCUUAAAAUGUGGAUUUGGACCCCAAAUGGGGUCCCCUUAGCUCAAUGUUGGGUUCCCGAAAAGCUUGACAACAGUAAAAGGUUCAUGAAUGCCACUCAAUUAUGCAAAUAUGUUAGCAACAAUAUACAGUAUUUACAGUGGAUUCUGCAUAAGAUGUUUCAGCUGUACUCCACAAAAAGGAAAAUCAGCCUGUUUGGAAAUACUGAUUUGUUAUCAGCAAAUGUUUGAUUUGUAUAUCUAUCUUAUUUACCUGUAUACCCAUAGUCACAAAAAAAUUCUCAGGUCAAAAGGGGUCCAGAAUGAAAUUGUUUUAAGAAGCCCUUGGCAGUUGACAUGCCCCACCAGGGAAGAGGAGACCAUUCAUAUAAUGAGCAAACAGCUGGUCUUAGAGGUGGAAAACAAGGUAGAGCACCCUUUCCUUUCCCUUUCCUGGGAGGCCAGAGCAGCUGCAUCUUCUUUGAAUUCUUUCUGCUGUACCCUUUGGUAAGCAGCAGCGGCAUUGCUGCUUCCAAAGCUUGACAGCUGCUGGGGGGGGGGGGGGAGGGGGGGAUGAAAGGGAAAGACCUCUGAAAGUCUUGCCAAGAAAAUCCUGUGAUAAGAUUGUAGUCAACUUGAAAGCACAUAAAAGUGAUAUAAACAGGACAUGGGAUUAUGUGUUCUAGUUCCACCAUGUCAUGUUCAAUGAGAGCAAAAGAAGGGAGAAGUAGUCAUGCCUCUUGAAGGAAAUAGGGGCAGAUGAAGCUUCAGAUUUUGGCAAUUGCAGUGACAAAGGAAGUGUUUCCUGCAGAGAGAAUGUUAUGCUCCGCCUAUAAUGAUCACUCAGAGGACCAGGGCUAUCCGUCAUCAGCCAUGAAAGCAGGUGCAACACUUCACCACAACUACCAACAUACCUGUUCCUUUUAUUCUGGAACAACCUUUUCCUUGGCUGAUUCUGUAAACCUGGGGGAGUUGAUGUUGGAAGAUGAUACCAGAUCCAAGGGCCACCUUUGUGUCUCUAUAUGUCUGCUCGUCAGCGCCAGUGUCCAAGGGCUCAAACACCCCAAUAUAUUCUAGCAAUCUGGUUAGUGCCUCCUCUUGAUGCAGUGAGAGGUUUGUCCUAAGCAAGAAACUGGUCCGUGCUACUUGUAUCAACAUGGACAGGAACAGGUGUCCUGAACCAGUACUGCCCUUCAGAAGUUUUAACUUUUCCAAGUUAAAAUUAGAAACAGUGCAGCAAACAGGUAAUUGUCCCCUCCAGUGGCCAAGACCUUGUAUUCUCCAGGCCAGUUCCAGCAGCCCUUGGAGGGGCAUUGGGACUCUGCUGCCAACAUUGCACUUCACAAAAACAAAACUUCUAUAAAAGUAUGUCCCCUGAAUAUGAUUAGUCACAGAAUAACUUCAGUUUCUGAAGUCUAUAGUGUCCAACCUUCAGUACAUGUUAGAAAAACAUCAAAUCAGCAUUUGAAUUAGAGAGUUGGUGCUUCUUGCCUUUCCGUUUCCUGUGUGCAAAAACCUGUCUCAUCCAGGAUCUAUGUAGCACACAGCCAAGUACUUCUGCUUCUUAGUGAGACACAAAGGCCUCUUUAACUGUGAUGGACAUUAAGGAGAUGGAUCUUCAGCUUACCAUCUUCUGGUGCUAUGCCAGUUUUAGGGUAUCAUUGUUCAAAUUAAACAUGCUAUCAUCAUCUCCCUCACUCUUGGAACCCCGUUCCCUUUCCCCCUGUCUUUCUCCCCCUCUUUUUCUCUCUGUGGUCCCUAUGUAUCCAUCCUAUCCCCACCUGUAUGCUUCAAUGUGCAUUUUGUAUGUUUACAAUGUCUUCUGCCAUGGACUUGCUGUCUGGUCAUUACCAAAUUAGUUUAUUUUAUUCUCUGUACUCUGUGCUGUAAGUGGAGAUCUAUUAUAAGCCAAAACAUGUUUUUACUGAUCUUCUGAUACAGACUCAUAUUUUUGGAACAUGUGUAGACUUGACCAAGUCAUUUUUAGUUUUUGUUUCCCAUCAUUAAAUAGAACUGCUGUUGGGUUUUCCAUCACA